AUGAGUGAGCCGAAACGAGUUGCAGUCAUCGGCGCUGGCCCUUCUGGUCUUGCGGCUGCAAAGUCACUGAUACAUGAUCAUCCUCCGGGCACAUUUGCACCAAUCAUCUAUGAAAAGUUGUCCCAUGUUGGUGGUAUCUGGCCUGUACGCAGCGAUGACCAAGCCAACAUCGUUCCUCCUGACAUGCCCACCAAUGCCAGUAAGCACCUUGUGAGUUUUUCAGACUUGGCAUGGGAUUCUGUCAAAGUCCAUCAGAGCAAGCAACCUGGCCAAGAUAUUGCUACCUUUCCCAAAGCUCACGAAGUUGGAAAAUACCUCCAAACUUAUGCGGACAAGUAUAUACCCUCCGAGUGCAUCAGAUUUGGCACAGAGGUUAUCAGCAUCUCAGAGACAGAUGCCUCUGGCCCGGAAUGGAACGUUAUCAGUCGUGCUUCGACCAAAAGCAACAUCACCGCGGAGGAGAAGUUCACUCAUGUCAUUGUUGCUAGCGGUUUCUUUGCUGCCCCUGAAAUACCACAAUUACAUGGAUUGGAUAAAUUUCAAGGUGUUGUCAUUCAUAGCUCGCAAUUACGUGACCUCGACACCCUCCUCUCAAGAAUGGCCAACAAGACGAAGAUUGUUGUAAUUGGUGGCAGUAUGUCUGGAGGCGAAGCAGCCGCGACAUUAGCAUUCCAGAUUUCGUCCGAUCGACACGCAGCAGGAACGCACUCAACGAAUGCUGAACGACUCGGCGUUUAUCAUGUCACGCCUCGACCUUUCUGGUCAGUGCCCCCAUAUGUACCUCUGAACCCUAUCGCCGACGGUGCUCCCAAUCCAUGUCCAAUCUUCGCUCCAUUGGACGUGGUGUUUGGCGAUCUUAGCCGCAGGCCAGGCGAUCAGAUCCGCUUCGCUCCUUCAGCGACUUUCGCAUCCGAGGCUGCGAAGAUGUUCAACGCACUAUUGCAGUCUCUGAUGGGAAGUAACCAAUCCGGAUGGGGAGACGGAAGCUUGACAAUUCCGAAUUCAGCAUUUGAAAAACCUCCAUGGCUUAUCAUCAGCACCACGCAUGCAGAAUUUGUCCGGUCAGGCGAUGUUAAGGUCAUCCUUGGUCGUGCUGCUGGCAUUGAGGGCCACACGAUGAUGGUUCACACCGGUGACGGCGAAGCCAUUGAAUUGGCUGAUGUGGGCAUGAUUGUCAUGGCAACAGGCUUCACACCUCACCCGGCGCUGUCAUUUCUAUCUCCAGCAAUAAGACAGGCCUUGGAAUACGAUCUCAGCAACCAAUACGAUCCUAUCAAAUUGUUCAACUUUGGCACAAUGCAUCCGUUAAUUCCUUCUCUGGGGUUUGUAGGCUUCUAUCGUGGCCCCUAUUUUGGGGUACUUGAGCAGCAAGCGCGGUUUCUAGGGGCAUUAUGGUCCAACUCUUUGCGGGAAGUGCCAAAUGAGCCUCCUGCCAGAGUCGAAGACAUAAAGCAACGCGGUCAAUUUCCAAUGGGCGACUACGUAGGAUUGAUGGAGUCCUUUGCCGCAAUCCUGGGAAGCGAACGCUGGCCUUUGUCGCCAGAGCACUCUUCAAGGGAAGGCCCAGCUAUACCGGCUCGUUAUCCUGGAAAGACUGUCAGAACAAACCCAUCUGCGGCUGAUGAGCAAAAGAAGGCCUGCGAGGCUAUGAUCCGGACAAUUGCGAGGCAGUCAAUGUUUGUGGCACCCGCCGUGUUUCGUGCCCUUCAAGGCCGGUGGAAGUUGACACGCGAGAUCCGGAGCGUUAUCCCCACCUACCCAUCUGGAAUUUUCAGAGGCGAAGCCAACAUGUAUCCUCGCAAGCCAACAGACGAUGGUUAUGCAGCCGAGUUCCUUUACACAGAGAACGGCGAGCUAGCUACUCCUGAAGGCCUGCGGAUGACAGGAAGUCGGAGCUACGUAUAUCGUCUAUCCGAGUUUGAGCCUCAAGCAAUCACUGUAUGGUUUGUGAAACCCGAAAGUGGCAGCAAAGAGGUUGACUACCUCUUCCAUCAAGUACAAUUCCACGAGGAAGCUAGUGGGCAACACCAGGAUGCAUGGGGAAGUGGAUGGCGCGCAAAAGGCUCGCAUCACCUAUGCGUGGAAGACCACUACGACACUGAAUACUGGUUCAGACUCCAUGCCAUAGAGAUCAAGGAAUGGGGCAUUGGCUACACGGUCAAAGGUCCAAACAAGGACUACUGGACACGAGCAACCUAUGCAAGGUAA